CGCAGGGGGGGAUAGAGCAGUUUUCUGGAUUGCCGUUGGAUUCCCUCUCGACUUCAACUUGCGCUUGCGAAAUAUCGCUCGACCCCUACACUUCACAUCACAUUACACCCAGCGCCACACUCUGCCAUGCAGGAAGACAAGAAGGUGUUUCACGCCGAACACGCCGAAAACGAGUCCAUCGUGGACGAAAAGAACCCUCAACCUCCUCAACAAUCCAACAGCGUCCUCGCGCACCUGACCGAGGCCCAGGUGUUUGCCGACGUCGAACACUUCUGCAUGCAACAUGGUUUCGAGAACGACAUCCCCCUUUUCAAACGGGCCGCCCGGGUCGCUCAUAACCCUCACGAGAUCGCCACCCUUCCCGACUUGACGGACGAGGAGAGGAGGAUCUGUAUCGAGGAGACGACGCACAAAUGGAGGCAUCCUAUCAUGAUGUACCUGACCAUCUUCAUCUGUUCCAUCGGAGCCGCCACUCAGGGAUGGGACCAGACCGGAAGUAACGGUGCCAACCUGUCUUUCCCCGAAGCUUUUGAGAUCGCGGACAACAAAUGGCUCAUCGGGCUCAUCAACGGAGCUCCCUACUUGGCUAGUGCCGCCCUUGGGUGUUGGAUCUCGGACCCUCUCAACUUUUACCUCGGUCGAAGGAACGUCAUCUUCCUCACUGCCCUCUGCUUGAUCGCCACUCCCAUCUCUUCCGGUUUCGCUAAAUCUUGGGGUUCGCUCCUGGCCUCUCGUUUAGUGCUUGGACUCGGGAUGGGUGUGAAAGGAUCGACCGUGCCCAUCUUUGCCGCUGAAAACUCGCCGGCUUCUAUUCGAGGUGCUCUCGUCAUGUCGUGGCAACUCUGGACCGCUUUCGGGAUUUUCUUGGGUUUCGCUGCCAACCUGAUCGUCACCAACUGGAGGCUCCAACUCGGAAGCGCCAUGAUCCCCGCCGUGCCUCUCGCCUUUGGUAUCUACUUCUGCCCGGAAUCCGCUCGAUGGCUCGUCAAGAAGGGUCGCUACCAAAAGGCUUUCCAAUCGCUCAAGCGUCUCCGUUUCAGCGAACUGCAGGCCGCUAGGGAUCUUUACACCAUCCAUUAUCAAUACACCGAGGAGACCAAGCUCGCCAAGCCUUCGACUUUUAUCGGCAGGAUCACCGAGUUGUUCACCAUCCCUCGAGUUCGACGGGCUACUUUGGCCGCGCAUACCGUCAUGUUGGCGCAACAGAUGUGCGGAAUCAAUAUUAUCGCCUUCUACUCGUCCACCAUCUUCGUCGAGGCUGGUGGGUAUACCCCUCGUCAAGCUUUGGGUGCAUCAUUGGGUUUCGGUGCCGUCAACUUCGUCUUUGCCUUCCCCGCGCUCUUCACGAUCGACACUUUCGGUCGACGAACCCUCCUUCUGUUCACCUUCCCUCAAAUGGCCUGGACCUUGCUUGCCGCCGGUCUCUGUUUCCUCCUCCCCGAAGGAAAAGCCCGUCUAGGAACAGUCGCCGCCUUCAUCUUCCUCUUCGCCGCCUUUUACUCUCCCGGUGAAGGUCCCGUCCCGUUCACCUACUCGGCCGAGGUAUUCCCCCUCGCGCAACGAGAGAUCGGGAUGGGUUUCUCCGUCGCCGUCUGUCUCGGAUGGGCUUUCGUCUUAAGUUUGACGUUCCCGAGGAUGUUGGAGGUCAUGGGCCCCACUGGAGCUUUCGGAUUCUACGCCGGUCUCAACGUUCUUGCAUUCAUCAUGAUUAUCUUCUGGGUCCCGGAAACCAAGGGACUUACGCUCGAGGAGAUGGACUUUCUGUUCGACAUCCCUACUUCGAAGUUCGCCACCUACCAGGUCAAGCACGCCAUCCCUUACUGGUUCAAGCGAUACGUCUUCUUCAACAAGUCGGCCAAGCUCCAACCUCUCAUUCACACCCGUGAGGACCGAACUAUCAAAGCUUGAAGUGCUAGUGUACCUCAAUAGGAUAGGCAGACUGCGCUUGUGUGAACUUUUAUCAACGUGUAUUAAAUAUGGGUCGUCAAAGUUCUUGCGAACAAUAUGUGCCAAUGCAACCGAAUUCUGCAA